GCUGGUAGAAACUUCAGGAGGCAGUAAAAACAGGAAGUUGGUCUACUCUGCCCACCUCCAGGGCCCUCCUCCUUACGCUCUACUGGAUGAAACUUCCUGUAAGGGUUUCCAUCUUGUAACUGGUGUUUGAAGCCUGCUGAUAUCUUUCUCAGCAGCUCUCUUCACUUUUGUUCAGCUCGAGGCCACACAGAAGAACACAAUAAGGACGUUCGUGACAAGGAACUUCAGGAUCUCCCAUGGCUGUGAAUGGUCACUGCCUCUCAUCUCCCAAGAAGUGGAAGCACACUGAAAUAUUUUAAUGUUUUUUACACUGCUCACAGAUUCAUUUUUGGUUCCAAAACUAACCCCAUUCAAAGAAGAAUGAGAUGCCAGCGUAUUUUCCGUAGGAGCAUUCUCAACUCGACUGAGCACACUGGUGAUACAGUGCAUACUUCAUCUUAUAAGCAGCAAUAUGGAGAGCCAGCAAUGAGUAAUUCUCUCAUGCAUACCCGAAGAUACACUCCAUAUGGCAUGCCAUCCCGUCAUCAGAGAGUCAAUUUACAUAAAUGGAACCAAAUGAGUGUUAACAUGGAGGGGGGCUCACAACCUCCAGAGAGAAAAAUAGAGAGGGACAAACAAGAUGAUACUUCAGAGAACUGGUUCAAGGUCACAAUUCCCUUUGGCAUACAAUAUGAUAAGAAGUGGCUGCUGAAUUUGUUUCAGAGCCAGUGCCACAUCCCUUUCACUCCGGUGCAGUUUCACUAUGAAAAGAUGCAGGCCCAUUUUUUUGUCAACAAUCCCAACGUUGCCUUUAUGCUGAAGGCUAUCAGUGACAAGAUUCGAGAUGAGACUGAUAAUAAGAUAUCAGUCUUCAUCAGUCCCUGUGAUGAACCCCCCUCAGUGACAGAGCUCAAGUUAGAAAAGAUGGAUCACAAAAAGCCGCAGAGUCACAGAACUCCAUCUGUAAUUCUGCAGCCGACUAUGAAGCAACAGUGUGCUACUUCUCAGCGAGUUCUUAGUAGACAGAGACUUCCCUUUGACCAAGAUUUGAUGACCCAUCCUACUGACUUGGCACUGAUUCCUAGAAGUUAUAUGGCUCAUUCCUUGACUAUCCAGGAAAAGAACAUGACCCAGAUGAACUCUGAAGGGGAGAUGGUCAAGGAGCAAGCCCCAGAUCCAGAAAAGAUAUGUGCAGACAAAAGCUUUCUGAGUACUACCAUGCCGGAUAAGUCCAGUAACAUAAAUUCAAUUCUGGAAUUGUUCCCUAAGUUACUAAGCCUGGAUGGACAGGAAUCACGUAAACCAACUCUCUGUGGCCCUGAAGAUCAUAAGACCUUACCAACUUGCAAGGGAAGUUUUUUUGGAUCAGAGUCCAUAAAGACAAUGGUCCUACAGUUCCUGCAGCAGUAUUUUUUCAUCUAUGACAAUGGAGAUCGGCAGGGACUCCUCCAUACUUACCAUGCUGAGGCUUGCUUCUCAUUAACCGUCCCUUUCAGUUCUGUCGACUUAUGCACGAGCAGCUUGUGUGAGUACUUCAAGUACAGCAGAAAUAUGAAGAUUCUCAAGGAUCCUUUGGAUGGCAGCUCUCAAGGGUGCGUUCAUGCCUUCACUCGGAUUUUCAUUGCUACCUGUGGCAACAGUUCAGACCUUUGUAUCAUCAAUGACAAGCUGUCUGUGAGGAAUGCCCAUGGGGUUCCUAGUGCCUCCACCUCUGUGGUCACAUCUUCCUCCAGUUAUUUGCCUUCCUUCUCUCAAGAUCUAUGGGAGAUGGUGCCAACAUUCUCUGCCCAGUCUAGAGAGAAUGUUGAGAGGUCUCAAAAAUGCCCUCAAGGUGACCAGAGGAAUUACAACAGAGCUAUACAAAGCCUUGCUUUGCUCAAGGUAAAGGACACGGUCCCAGAGGAUAAGUUCACACAGACAGAUACAAGAUCCCAAGAAUAGCACACCAAGAAGAAAUUCUUAGGUGUCACUGUCUUAUUUCUUCAAAGCUCUGCUGAAAUUCUGUUCUAGUACAAUAAUGUCCAUGUAAACAAACUGGGAUAUCUAGUUUCAUCCUGGAAGCCAAAACCUAUCUUGUGGAGCAGACUCAAAUUGUUUUGUGUAUUUGCCACAUAUUUGAGGAUCCAUGCUUCUUCUUAUAUUUUCUUUUAUUAUAAGUUUUAUUAAUUUUGUUGAGCAUUCCGUAUUUCUCUAAUAUAUUCUGGUUACUCUCACCCCUCACUCUGUCACAUCUCCUUCCUACCCUUGUUCACCCUCCCUCUUCCCUAUAAGGCCUUAUCUAAUACUUAUUCUGUUUUGCAUUAUGACCCAUUGAGAAUAAACAGGGUCAUGUAUGUGACCAUAUGUUUGGAACUAUCCAUUGGGGUACCUGUGGGUGCAUAAUUAAAGACAGUGACUAUCUUUUUCCUAGGAUCCUUCAGUAGCCAAUAGUUUAGCAGAGAGGGAUAGAACCCUCACUCUAUGGUUGACUAAUGAGAGGCCUAGGCUUGUGCAGGCCCAGUGGAGGUAAUCUCACUUGCUGUAAGAUUGUAAUAAUUAUUUCAUGCUCAGAAGA